AUGUUUAGGUUUAAAUAUCAUCAGCAUGAAAAGUGCUAUAUUGUCGCCACUUGCAUUAAUCCGCGGUGUGAUUGGAGAGUAACUGCAUGUAAUCUUGGGAAUUCGCAAACAUAUGAUUUGAGGAAGGCGAAUCUGAAACAUACUUGCGACGCGGACAGCCGACGGACGUUUUCGAAGGUGAUAGCAGCACUUCUGAGAACCAAGUACGAAACUACUGUUGGGCCACGUCCUAAGGAUUUGCCGUACUCGCUUCGUAGAGAGCAUCACAUUAACGCCUCUUACUGGAAAUGCUGGAAAGAGAGAGUUGGCAAUUGCAUCUGCGCAUGGAACAGAGUAAAGCUCCUACAAGUUGCUACCAUUGUACCUAUACUUACUGAAGUGUGCAAAUCCAGGGAGCAUUACACAUCCACAUACCGAGGUUGA